AUGUAACGAAGCAGCACUAACCCCAUUUUUCUAUCUCCAGAUCAAUUCGCCACUCUCUUCAAUCAGGGAAUUCGAGAAUCACUUUAUUUGGAUGAAAUGUAGGACCAGAGGGAACUUAGUUUCUCAGCUCCUAAGUUAGAUGAAAUGAAUUAAUCAAACCAACUUAAUUAGUCGAGUAAUUUUUUACCAGAAUUCCCAAAGGAUGAUGUUGUCAUAAGUAUUAUCCCUUAAAGUCUAUACUUAGUAUCUAGACAACUAUAUGAAUAAUCGUAAAACAUCGAGCAACAUAAUAAACAGUUGAGUGAAUCAUACCAAAGAAUAUUGAAAUAGAACAAAGAGUUGUUGAACAAAAGAAAAGAAUUGGAAGAGGAGAACUCCGCUCUACUAGAAGAAAACUUUGACCUCAAGAGAUAGGCUCAUGAACUUUAAUAAAAAUUGACGCUAGCUCAAAGUCAAAUGCUCAUCAAAAGAGAUUAAGAAAUACAAACUUUAAAACAACAAAUUAAAGAAUUGUAGAGUUAAUCAACUUCUAGAGAUUCAGCUACCAAGACUGAAGGAAGCACUGCCACUUCUCACAAAUCCUGUUUUGGAUCAAACACUCAUCGAGUUCAAUCCAAUGAACAAUCUAAAAAUCCAUCUAGAUUUACUUCUCCGGUACCAAAACAAUAAACCUCAGAAUUCUCAGUUUUCAAUUAAUACAAUUCGAAUACUGUCUUCGGAAAAUAACCCUAAUUAUGA